AUGUCUCUAGAACCUGAAACACAGUCUCCCCAUAUAUUUGGUCUCUGGAGCGCGAUCGGUCUAGGGUGGCUGACCCUCAAUGUCUUUGGAACUCUGUCAUUUAUCAUCGUCGUAGGGCUACCGGCCGGCGGUGUCCCGGUCAUUCUUUACGGAUUCAUCGGCUCCAAUAUCGCGGUGAUCUGCAUGGUGAUGACCUUUGCCCAGUGUGCAUCAAGGUUCUCUACUGCAGGCGGCGCCUAUCAUUACGCAUGUUUUCUGAUUCCUCUCCAAUACCGCCGCCAAAUAGCGUAUCCUCUUGGCUGGUUGAACUAUCUCGGCUGGAUCUUCACCCAUGCGGGCGCAUGCGCGAUUGUUGCUACCUUGACACUGGGGCUGGUCAAACUCUGUAACCCCGAAAUUGACAUAUCGCCUCGCUGGAAGCUCUUCGUCGUCUACAUCUCCAUCAAUAUCCUAUGCUGGCUGUUCAAUCUCGUGGCCGUUCGCGGCAUUCCAACGUUGGAACUCCUGGGCUGCUAUGCGACAGCCUUUGGGUUUGUGGCUUAUACCAUCGCUCUACUGGUGAAGGCCCCAAAGGCUGAUUCGAGAUCUGUGUUCGCCCAGGUCAACGAUGAGACGGGCUUCCAUUCGCAUGGCUUCGCGAUUUUACUCGGGCUGGUCAAUAGCUUCGGAACCAUGAUGGGGUUGGAUGGACCAGCCCACCUCGCAGAGGAAUUGCCCCGGCCGAAAGUCCUGCUCCCUCGGAUAAUGAUGAUUGUCGUUCUUUCUCAGUUCCUCGUCGGGCUGGUGUGGAUCAUUGUCUUGGGAUUCUCCAUAACCGACGUGUCCGCCAUCACAAGCAGCGCCACAGGGGUGCCUGUGCUGGAGAUCAUCCGAUCAGGCACAGGAAGUAAUGCCGCCACCAUCGUGUUUUGUCUGAUUUUGAUUAUCAACAAUGCCGCCUCGGCGUUGGGCAGCGCGGUAACCAUGAGCCGACAGGGCUAUGCGUUCGCCCGAGACGGUGGCCUUUUUUGGAAUGCUCAGCUCGCCAAGCGCUGCUUAAACUCCAAUCUGCCAUUUUGGUCGAUUACCCUGCCGUCCCUGAUUUGCGCUCUUAUGGGGUUGAUUUAUCUCCUUUCCAGCUCCGCCUACAACGCUUUCGUCGGCUCUCAAGUUACCUGUAUGAUAAUCAGCUUCGGCUCUCCGGCCCUUAUUCUUCUUAUCACCAGAGGCCAACUGUUGCCCGAAUGUGAUCGAUGGAAUUUUGGGGCCUGGUCCACCCCGAUCUAUCUCAUUUCGGCGCUAUACUCGAUCCUGGUUGUCGUUGUUUCUGUCCUCCCUCAGUCCCAUCCAGUGACCACUUCCAAUAUGAACUACACGGCUCUGGUGAUGGGCUGCUUGGCAUUAGCGAUGACACUUGCGUGGAUGUUUGAAGGGCGCAGAUUAUUUUCACCUCCGACAAAUGACGAUGUGUUGGCCGGGAUAGUCCCAACAUUGAGCGGGAUAGAGCCGGACCCUGAGGCAGGUGAAGAAAAGGCAUCUUCGUUGACUAAACGACCGGAGUUGGGAAAGGGAGUAUUCAUUACGCCCAUCACACUAUAG